AUGAGUCUAACAUACCCCCCGAAAAAGCCGUUGUCACCAUUUGCCAAAUUUCGUCAGCUCGAUAGGCAAAACAGCGCCAGUUUGUCGCCGAGCCCCCUAAAAUCGCCGGGAACGGAAUUUCGGUUCAAAUUUACCGAACCAACUGUGCGAGAUAACGCUGCGCAAAUUAAAGAGCGAUUAUUGGCAUGGUGCCGCUCGAAAACCAAAGAGUACGAGAAUGUACAGCUUGAUAACUUCUCGACUAGCUGGAACAACGGUUUAGCAUUCUGCGCAUUGAUUCACCACUUCAGACCGGACGCUUUCGAUUACAAUUCUCUUCGUCCGGAGAAUCGCAGGAAAAACUUCGAACUUGCUUUUACGAAGGCCGACGAAGUCGCUGGAAUCGCGCCGUUACUUGACGUCGAGGACAUGGUGAUGAUGCAACGGCCGGAUUGGAAGUGCGUCUUCACAUAUGUUCAGUCCAUCUAUCGUCGCUUCAAGGAUGAAGACUAG